AAUGUACAUAAUGGUUUGCAGAUAAUGAAUAACCUUCAAAUUCUAGUGUCAUAAUUAGUGAUUGUUGAAACCAACAACGUUUGACUCUUGAGCUCGGAUGCUUUUCUUUGGCUUUAUCUCUUCACACACACACACAAGGAACAAGCAGUCCUACAGGAUCAUCUUCAUCUGUUUAUGCCAUCAUUCUACUCAGAAAUGAAAAACACAAACUGAUCAGUCACCUCACCAAAAUCAGACCAUUUCAGGCCAUCAUGGACUCGGUCAAUGAUUCCCUCAUGGCCUCCAGCAAAGUGAGUCUAUUGCAACACCAUCCACAGCAGCCAUCUUCGUCAAGAAAUCUACUAAAAACCUACAAAACCCUCAUCAUAAUCAUCUCUUUCUGUUUUAUCAUCCUUGCUUCUCUCAUCUUAAGCACCAUAAUCUUAUUCCACAUGCAUAACCGCAACAACUAUAACCUCACCUCCGAGCCCACUGAGUCACUCUGGUCGAACUCGGCAAACUUGAAGACCUUUUGUUCCGUCGUGUCUCAGGACCCCGACUUAUGCUUUACCUCUAUAUCCUCCUCUAUCAAGGGAACCGAGACCGACCCAGAUGACAUUUUUGCCGUCUCUAUCAAGGUAGCCAUUGAUAAUGUCACCAGCCUGGCUCCAUUGAUGAGAGAAGUUUUGCUGAGCAGGACUGGAGCCGAGUGGGCUUUGAAACAUUGCACCAAGUCAGUGGCCGACUCACUGAGUCAACUCAAUAGGUCUUUGACUGCAGUGCAGCUGGGGGCAAAGGAAAACCGCCGGGUAUUUUCGUCUGAGGCCCCGGUCGACUUGGGGGUGCAGCCGUUGACUGCUGAUCGAAGGGGAUACGUGAUGACGUGGCUGAUUAGAGCAAUGAGUGGUUUGGACACCUGUGUUGAUGUUUUGGAUAAUGUUGGAUCAGUGGCUGUAGAUGAAUUGAGCGUGAAGGUGUACAAAGCUAGGGUGCAGGUCAGCAACAACAGAGAGUUUCUCUUGUACAAGGAUAAAAUAUUGGAAUAUUUUGUCAUCCAUCCAGCUGGAGUUGAGGACCGGAACGGAAAAGCUUGAAUUGGAGUGUAAUGAUCCUCUUGCACAUGUACUUUUGGCAGAUAGGUUGUAUUUUGAUAUUUGGUGGUGUAUCUUACGUUUCACUUUUGGUUUGUAACUAAGAUUGAAUUUUGGUUG